UGUUUCAGAGUCUGCUGAGGAUCAUGAGGACACGGCUGAGCAUACACCUAAUACAGAUACUCGCCUUUGGCCUGCUGCUGUGCCAGCUGCGGUCUGUGCUGGCCCAGAAGUACUACAUGAACUUUGCGUUCAACAACAACAAUCCGGAUGCCAAUGGCGAAGAUGGUGAUGUCGGUGGGAUGGGAAAUAAUGGAGCAGGGAAUGGAGCUAUGAGGGGUGCAUCAGCUGGUGAAGGAUCCGAAGGAUCUGGCAGCGAUGAUAGUGGAAGUGGCAGUGGAACUACUGCUGAUGAAAGCAAUGACAGUGAUGACAAGCAGGAUGCUGAUGCUGACGCCGACGACAGCAAGGGGGACAGCGAUGAUAGCGAAGCUGACAGUGGCGAUGCAAAAGCUAGCGACGACGAUUCCGAUUCCGAUGAUGACGACGAUGAUAACGUGCCGGGAGUGGAUGAUGACGACGAUGAUAGCGACAGCCAUGACGCAGCUAAUAGACGCAUAAAGCUGGCCGAGGACAACGAAGACAAGGGACCCGACAACGAUCACAGCCAUCACAGCAGCUAUGAGAUCAGCAUCGAUGAUAGCUUCGGCGGACGCUACGUUCGCUCCAUUUACGAGAGUUCCGAGAGCCAUGGACACUCGGGCAGCAAUGCUGGUUCCGGGUCUGGAGAUGCUCAGGACUCGCAGAACGUUGGAAACGAUAAGCGCACAUUGUAUGACGCCGAUGACUACGAGGAGUUCACAGGGGAAUAAAAGGGAGAGGAGGCUUAACUACAUAUCAAUUAAUGCAAAUUGCUAAUAAAAAAUAUAUAAUAAAUUAAAUAAAAACUAUGAAAAG